CUCCUCCCUCCGGCUGGGCAGCGCCGGGAAGCUGGAAGGGGAGCUGGAGGAAGGAGGCUGCACAGGCCGGAGGAGUCGGCGGAGCGCGCCGCGCCCCUGGCCCGCCGGGGACCAGGUCCACGGAGGACCCGGCGGGGAUGGAGCUCCGAGCGGCGGGAGUGGGCAGCGCGCGGCAGCGGGUGGGAUGCGGCGGGCCGGCCGCCUGAGCACCCCCGAUGGCCCGUGGCGCGGCGACCUGCGGGAGCGACGCGCGGCUGCAGCUGGGCCGGGACGCGGUGCGGCCGGCGCCCGCGCUGCUGGUCCCCGCCGUGGUGCUGGGCACCGCGCUCGGCCUCGGCCUCGGCCUCGGCCUCGGCCUCUGGCUCGGCUGCCGCGCCGCCCGCCCGCGUCCGCCUCACCAGAAAGAUGACUCUCAGAGUCUGCUCAAGAAUUUGGAACCUAACGUUCAGACGCCGUCGGAAACCGGCUCCCCAUCCAGGAGGAGGAAGAGAGAAGCACUGACUUCAAAGGAUGAGGAGGCUCUGAACGAAUGUGAGCCAUCUUUCAAUGGCAAUAUCACAGCGUUUGCACUGAAGGCAAAAGUCGUCUAUCCCAUCAAUCAGAAGUUCCGGCCUCUGGCCGACGGUUCCUCCAACCCAUCUCUGCAUGAAACCUUAAAGCAGGCAGUCUUGCCGAACCAGCCUGUGGAGGCAUCGCCUUCCAGCAGCCUGGGGAGCCUGAGCCAGGCUGAGAAGGACGACUGCAGCUCCUCGUCCAGCGUGCACUCGGCCGCCAGUGACGACAGGUUCCUCGGUCGCACCUUCCUGGGGGCGAGCAGCUUCCCCGAGGCACUGACCUGCGAGAGCGUGGACCUCGACUUGUGUAUCUACAACCUUCACUUGAAAGACCUGCUGCAUCUGGACACGGCGCUGAGGCAGGAGAAGCACAUGAUGUUUAUUCAGAUUUUUAAAAUGUGCCUCCUUGACCUUCUUCCUAAAAAGAAGACUGAUGAUGAAUUAUACCAGAAGAUUCUCUCAAAACCAGAAAAUGAUUUGGAGGAAUUAGAAAAGAGACUUCAGGUCAGACUGUCAAACACGGAGAUGUUGGGUGCUGGUGACUCUGAAUACAUCACCCUGGCAGAUGUAGAAAAGAAAGAGAGAGAAUAUUCUGAGCAUCUAAUAGCUAAUAUGGAAGCUUUCUGGAAACAGAUGGAAAACAUCCAGCACUUUCUGGUGGACCAAUUUAAGUGUUCCAGCUCCAAAGCCCGACAGCUCAUGAUGACUCUGACAGAAAGAAUGAUUGCAGCUGAAGGGCUAUUGCGUGAUUCUCAGGAUUUGCAGGCUCUGGACACCCUGGAGAGGACAAUGGGGCGGGCACACGUGGCCAAAACCAUUGAGUUCCUGAAGCUGCAGAUCCGGGAGGAGACCAGAUGCCGCCUGGCCGCCAUCUCCCACAGCCUGGAGCUGCUGACCGUCGAGGGGAAGCUGUCGGGGCGGCAGAGGGAGGAGUUGCUGACCCAGCAGCACAAGGCCUUCUGGGAGGAGGCGGAGCGCUUCGGCAGGGAGUUUGUCCAGCGAGGCAGAGACCUGGUCAAAGCGUCACUGGUUCACCAGGCGGAGGGGAUGGCAAGGCUCACGCUGGCCCAGCAGAAGGAACAGAGGAGCUUCCUGGCCACGGCGCCGCAGACCGCCGACCCCGAGGAGUUCCUCCAGGGUUUUCACGAGGUCCUGGAGAGGCAAAGGCUGAGUCGGAGUGACCUGGAGGAAGAGGAGGAUGUCAGAGCCACCAAGGCCGUGGCCACGCUCUGCCAGGAGCUGUAUCGCAGCACCAUGGAAACGUUCCAGAAGUUUGUGGACGUCCUGUUCCUCCAGACGCUCCCCUGUGUGACUGACCUCUCCCAGGCAGAGUGUGAAUACCUGAGGCAGGAGGCCCAGGAGAACGCGGCCCAGCAGCUGGAGAAGUUGGAUCGCUUCCGGAGUCAGCAAUGGAAACUCUUCCAAGAUCUCCUGGAGCAAGAAAAGCAGGUGUGGAUGGAGGAGCACACACUGUCCACUGUGCUGCAGACACACCUGCGGGAUGACCAGGACAGCAUCGUCCACCGAGUCUUGGGCCAACUUGGCGGCCUCAGUGAAGAGUCCACGCAGUGCAUCCUGCAAGGGCAUGACCUGCUCUUACGCUCAGCUCUCCGGAGGCUGGCUCUCCGCAGCAGCGCCAUCACCACCCUGACCCAGAUGAGGCUGUCAGGGAAGAAGAGCCUUCUCCAGGAGUUGCGCGAACAGCACGCCCUGGAGCAGGACUCCUCCCAGUGUCUGGACGAGCACCAGUGGCAGCUGCUCAGAGCCUUGGAGGCGCGUGUCCUGGAGGAGGCUGGCCGGCUGGAGGAGGAGACGCAGCAGACGCGGCUGCAGCUUCGGCAGCAGCUCCUGGCCGAGGCCCAGGAAGUCGGGCAGCUCCUACAGCAGCACACAGAGCGCGCCAUCGGGCAGACGCUGCUGGGCCACGCGCGGAACAUGGCCUCCAAAAGCCGGGCCAAGGACAGGGAUGACUUCAAGAGAACACUGAUGGAGGCGGCUGUGGAAAGCAUCUACGUGACCAGCGCUGGUGUCGGCCGGCUCGUGCACGCGUAUUACCAGCAGAUCAGGAGGGCCAUGCAGGACCACGAGGAAAGAAAGCGGCAUCACCUGAAGACCCUACAGGGUGAGAGAAUGGAACAUUUCAAGCUGCGGAAAAAGCAGGAACUCGGUGAUCCUUCGUCAGGGGCCGAGGUAGCGGGUGGAGCUCAGGAAGCCUCCGGAGCUGUGCACCAGAGGAUGCUGGCGCAGCAGAAAAAGUUCCUGGCCCAGUUCACGGCACACCAGCGGACCCGCCAGGACGCGUGGAAGCAGAGCGCGAGGGUCAUGGACCAUCUGGAAGCCCAGCUUGAGACCCAGCUACAGGAAGCUGAGCAGAGCUUCAUCUCAGAGUUGGCGGCGUUGGCCCGGGUGCCCCUUGCCGAAAGCAAACCGUUUUCCAAUAAGCAUGGGCUGUCAGAGAAACCCCUAAGGACCAAAAGGAAGAAGCCGGCACCCCGGGACAGAGGAGACUUUGGGGGGCCCAAGGACGACGACCCUGCCUCAGGGGGCCCUCCCCCAGGAUCGCUCAGCAGCAAAAGGCUGAGCCAGCAAGAAAGUGAGGUUGGUGACGGUGAGAAUUCCAAGAAGAUGCUAAAGAGAAGAAGCAAUCUGUAGCUUAAGGCUGGUCAGGGGGACGGAACCUGAAGACCCCGUCUGUAUGCCACCUGCCUCUCCCCCAGGCAGUGAGGAGGGACUGGCCACCCCGGGGUGGGGGACAGUGGGGUCUCCCCUCUGCCCACAGGCUUGCUGUGCAGGGAUGGAGAAUGGGUAUCAAAGUGCCAGAAAAAGGCCUAAACGAGCAGGGCGGACCCUACCGCCUGUGAAGAUGAUACCCACCCCCACCCCUGUGUUGGAAACACGUCUGCUCCAGUUUUUCAGUGUCGCCUUGGCUUCGAGAUGUGGCUCCGUUCCUUGGGAAGCCCCUCCUUCCUGGCUCCCUGUGCUUCCCAACCCCGUGUCCCAAUGUCACCCCGAAUCAGCGUUCCGCGAGCGCUAAAUGGUCUCAUUCCCGCCCUGGGGGCCCUCUGCUCGCCAGCCGCCCGGUGGAGUUCCACCUACAUUAAAGGGUGUUUUCUGGGUCCGAGGCCUUUUCUCCUCCGUUCCCAUCACCCCCGCUCUCUCUGUCCCCUGCACCGUGGGCACUGGCCAACAUGGAUUCUCCUCAGGACCCAUUCCCUUCUUUGGUUCAGCCAGCAGCGACGGCCUGGUCUCAGUGAGGGCAUCUGAGGAGUCUCAGGGCUCCAUGACAUAGACCAUGGAAUCCCUGGCCGGCAGGCCUAUCCUCACCCACCCUGGGGACCUAAGGACCCACAGAUACAUGACACCUGCGUUAGGGUCUUCUGUUGGAGACAGUUAAAGCGCUAAGAAGGAGGCCCUGCCCAGGAGGACUUCCCCUGGGAGGGAUGAGUUCUUCUGCCAGACAGCAACCCUCCCCUAAGGAGAAAUGCUUCUCGCAGUGGAUGCUGAGAAUAUCCAGCUUUCAGACCAGCCAGUGCCUUUCCCACCCGGAAAGAAAAUUGCCCUUUUCAUCGAAAUCAGGGAUUCUCAGUCUUGGCACUGUGGAUACGUGGAGUGAGAAAAUUUCUUUUUUGGGGGGUGGGGCUGACCUGUGCGUUACAGGAUGGUUAGCAGCUUCCCUGGCCUCUUCCCACCAGAUGCUGGAAGCACUUCCCAGUUGUGUCAACCAAAAAUGUCUCCAGACAUGGCCGGAUGUUCCCUUGGGGGCAUCACCCACUGAUGUAAGUCAGAGCAUGCUGACCCCGGGCAGGUCUGGGAUGGGGAGUACAGGGUUUCCACAAAUUCCCAGUACAGAGUGGGCUGCAGGUUAUAGAAGCUUCUGUCUCAGGGAUUUUCUGGACCAUUUGUGGUCUGAAUUUUUAUUUCUUACAACCUAGAUUAGUCUCUCUUAUUCAGGAAAGCGAGGUUCCUUAACAAAAGAAGUAAUCCAUACUAGUUACAUCGUUUGUCAAGGAUACUAACCAUCGGAGAUCCUCAAAUCCUGACUGGUCACCAGGCGAAUUUCCGAAGUUAGCCAACAGCCCCCUCUAGUGGCUAAAUAAAAUAUUUCCUUAUUCUGCAGAGUCUUGUAACAAGUUUUGACUUCCUGCGAUAUUUUGAGAACCUGUUUUAUAUAGCAAUUGCUUUUGUCCCAUGGGUCCUGUGCACAGAGGCAUUCUGAAGGCAGAUGCCUCCUAUGCUGGUAACGUCUGAGUUGGUGACGUGAGUUUGGUAAAUGGAGAUGCCCUGGCAGCACCAGGAUCUCUGGAAGAUCCGAGCAGUAUAGGUUCAGCCUCCACGGAUCUUGCAUGGGUGACGCUUUUGCUUAAGUGUAGCUUCCUUAGUCCAGGGGACAUGUCACCUGUCACCUGUCACAUGCUGGACUGCUUGGCACAGUGUGGGGUGCAUAGCUCUCCAUAAAGGCGUGUGGACUGCGUCUGUUUCCAUCACAUCAAAAAUCGACUCUAGAGGUGCCUUUCAUAAUGGAAUUGCAUCCUUGUUCAAAACAAAAUGCGACUCGCUCAGAAAGAGAGAGACAAAUACCGUAUGCUAACACAUAUAUAUGGAGUUUAAGGGGAAAAAAAUGUCAUGAAGAACCUAGGGGUAAGACAGGAAUAAAGACACAGACCUACUAGAGAAUGGACUUGAGGAUAUGGGGAGGGGGAAGGGGAAGCUGUGACAAAGUGAGAGAGUGGCAUGGGCAUAUAUACACUACCAAACGUAAGGUAGAUAGCUAGUGGGAAGCAGCCGCAUAGCACAGGGAGAUCAGCUCGGUGCUUUGUGACCACCUAGAGGGAUGGGAUAGGGAGGGUGGGAGGGAGGGAGACGCAAGAGGGAAGAGAUAUGGGAACAUAUGUAUAUGUAUA